UAUAUUAGAUACGGACUCUAGUCUAGACAUAAAUAUAUAUAAUAUUGGCCUCUUGCUCGUACCCUAGCUAUAUAAGUAUCUACCGAGGAUCAAUAUAUACAAUCAGCAUCAAAACAUUAGUGUUUCCAACAAUCUCUCGCUGCCAUGGAAGACCCUCAGAAAUCUGAAAACCGCAGGCAAAUCCCCACCGACAUCGUACCGAACAUCUUGCUGAGGCUGCCGACCAAGGACUUUGUCCGGUCAUCCUGCGUUUGCAAGGUGUGGUGCAGCAUCGUCGCAGACCCCUCCUUCCGCAAGCUCCAUGUGGCCCAUCAUGCCGCCGCCACCGCAUCGUCGUCGGAGCCGGCGGAGGUCCUUCUUGUCACAGAAACCCGCGAGCCCGGAAGGAGCGACGAGGCCAGCGUCUUCAACCUUUCGAGUUCAAAGCCUUUGUCCCAGGUCGCCAUCCCAAGCAGAUACCGUCUCGCCGGCGUCUGCAACGACCUCCUGUGCUUCGCGCUCAACCACGAUCAAGCGCCACCGAUCGUGUGCAACCCCGCCACCGGCGAGACGCUGCAGCUUCCAAAGGCGCCACCGCUCCCUACAGGGGAAGAGCUGUCGCAUCUCUUCGUCCUAGGGUUCAACCCACCGACCAAGGAAUACAAGAUGUUCCGGCUCUCCUUCCCACAAUGGCACGGAUCCAGACAUGAGACAAAUAGCUACAUCGCCGUGUACACCCUGGGCGGCGGCGGCGGCUGGCGCCAAUGCUCCUACCGCUCCCGGUUUCACCCAAUCAAAUCGCCGGCGCCGGUACACAUCGACGGCAAUAUAUUCGUGCCGGCGGCUAAUCUACGCGCUCGUGCUGCGCGAAUGUUUGUGCUCGAUGUGGCCACGGAGACGCCCCGAUUGUACCGUAUUCCGUACAACUACAGUGAUUAUCACGAGAGUUGGGAGAUGGUGGCCGACGGCUUUGAUCUGAACGGGCAGAUGUGCCUCGUCGUGAACGUCGGCUUCCAUCCCCAGCCUCGCCUUAAGGCCCAGUUCUGGGUCAUGCAGCCGCCUGGUGAGAUUGAGGGCAAGGACGACGACGACAAGCUGUAUUGGGAUCUCCGGUAUAGCUUCUUCCUCGAUGGCCCCUUCGUCUUCAACAGGCCGAGGGGUGUCUGGAUUGACCAUACCCAGACCUUGUGCUACAGGGUUGGAAACUCUGUGUACAGUUAUAACACGAGAGGAGGACACUCACCGUCCUCCAACGACGUCGUUGAUUCUCUGUUGUUUGACCAACGACUCGAGCUCCCAGAUUCUCCAUGUCCAUCGGUGUCUUCUUGUUGGUUGAAGUUUAGCCGGUGGAGCAUCUGCGGAGGUUAUCGCCCCAGCCUGCUCUCUCCUCUCGUCUUCGCGUUGCCACCAUCCCAAGACGAGAAGGCGAAUAAACGGCCACAGUUCGAGCACACUUUGCUACGUGCUCUCAGGGCGUCCGCAACAAGUAAGCCAAAUCGCCAGCCUACGCGGAGCUCAGACAAAAGAAAAAAAGAAAAAAUAGUUAACAUACUCUAAUCUGCAGAGCAUGGGAGCAACAGUCAGAGAGAGUAAAAUCAUCGGAUGGUGUGCGAGCUUUAGUGCUUCCAAUCUCGCUAGUACUGUUCAUUUCUCUGAUUCUCUCUCUGUAUGAUUGGCUCACUGGCCCUCCUAGCUAGCACUGUGUCAGUCAUUGCGGACGCCCUGAAGGUGGAGCUUGAUGAUGAGCAUAUCGAUGAAAUAUGAGAAUAAAGCCUUUGUGAAAUAUGUAACAUGCAGAUGAGG